GCCGCACAGCAGAGAUCAUGCGGCCCAACUCGUCAAAAGUGUCACGUCUUUGAUUAAUUUGCUACAGCAGCUUUUCCCAAUGCCCGGAAAGGAGUUGACACUAGCCAAGGAGGAAGUAAAGCAGCUCAGCUCAACUAUUUCUGGCCAGGGGUCUACUAUACGAUGCCUGCAGCAACUCGUGCAAGGUAUCGAUAGCGACUUUAAGAAAGCAAUCGACUCUGUCGCGAUACAAGGCCAUCGAUACGGAGAUCAGUUCACAGAAAAAGGCGCGCGUAUUCAGAAUGGAGACACGUUCACUAGAGCGUUGGAAGGGGCCAUUGACGCUGGUUCUCUGCCGGUUGGACCAAGCAUGACUUUCGCAUAUCAGAGAGCAGGUGGCUCUUCAAGGAUUCGGAAUGGAGAUGUCUAUGUAGACAAGGACGAUUUUUGGUCAUAGGGAUUUGAACGAGAUAAUCAUGCUUGUAUUUGUGAAGGAGUUCGGAGAUUCUCUCUCGGACUAAAUCUCUGAAAAGCAAAAGUUCGUCAAGCCACAGAAGCCCCGCCAUAACAAAUGGAUGUCCGUGCAGUGGCCCAACUCCGAGUUGUGAACCGA